AUGGCGGCCUCAACUAACCGAGCCAGUACCAGCGCGGAUCGGCACCUGCAUGCAUGGUACGAGCUGGAGCCAAAAACCAUCGCCGGGGGCGCCUACGCUGACGUGUAUCCGGCCAGGCACCGCCUCACCGGCUGCGACGUCGCCGUCAAGAUAUUCCAUGCUAAUCUUGCGGUGGAAGAAGGAGCGGAGAGGGAGAUCCGGAUCAUGAGGCUGCUGCGCCACCACCCUCACGUCAUUCGCUUCUACGAGGCCGCCGUUGUCGUUGCCAACGGCGGCAAUCAGGCGUGCAUCGUGAUGGAGCUGGCAGAGUCAGGGGAGCUCUACAAGGAGCUCUGCGACCAGGUCAUCUCCGGCCACCACGGGCUGGACGAGGCCGAGGUUCGCCGCAUGUUCAUGCAAUUAGUAUCUGGCGUGGCCUACUGCCACCGGAACAUGGUGGUGCACCACGACCUCAAGCUGGAGAACGUCCUGCUCGAUGCCGGCAAGAACGUGAAGCUGGCGGAUUUCGGGUUCAGCGACUUCUUCGGGCCCGUCCAGAAACCGGGGGCGGACUGCGGGAGCCUACUCUACGCGGCCCCCGAGGUGUGCGCCGACCGGACAGAUGCGAGUCCGACAAGGCAUCUUGGUCCGGAGGUGGACAUGUGGAGCUGCGGGGUCAUCCUCUUUGCCAUGCUCUGUGGCUACCUUCCCUUCGAUGGCCCCGAUGAGCCCGCUAUCAAGAGGAAAAUCACCAGUGGCAGGGUGAGGAUCCCACAUGGUAUAUCGGACGGGCCGAGGGCGCUCAUCUCAGGCAUGCUUCAAGUUUGCCCCGAGAGGCGAAUGAGCAUCGACGAGAUUUGUGCCCAAACUGUAGAACAGGUAGUCAGGAUGAUGCUCGGGUUGGACAACAAUAACCUUGUUGAGUUCCUGCACAGAGGAGUCGAAAACCAAGCGACAGUUGCGUACUAUCUGAUGUUGGACAACCGGUUUGACGCACCUACUCGUUACAUGUGGUUACUGCACGAUCCACCAGCGGUCGAUGGGGAGGAGAGGGGCAACGAGGCCGGAGCUCCAGACCGCGCACACAUCGCUGGGUGGAGGAGAGGCCAGCUGCAGGGCAAGGGGCAGUGGGCUUAG